AUGUCAAGGGAUGCGAUAGAAUAUUCAAAACUAUUCGCUAAGCUAGUCGAUCAGAAUGACGACACAAAAUUAGACGAUGUAAUAGCAUCCUUCCUAUACUACAUGUUUCCAAGAGAACUUUUUAUUCGAGCCAUUUCAUUGUUAGAAUCGUCAGACAUGUUUAUAUAUAUACUAGAUAAGUUCCAUGAGGAGGAAAACAAAGUAUCCAGGUCGUUGGUUGAUAUGUUGAUUGACAAGUUUUAUACGGACUCGUUGGAUUCGCCGUUGGAAUAUCGGCUGAUUGUUAAGGAUACUAACGAUGGGGCACCCCCAAUACUGGUAGAUAUAGCCCACUGGUUUUGCUCAUGCGAAGAAUACUGUAAACACUUUCAUGAAACACUCGAAAAAACUGAUGAGAAGGAAGAAUUACACGAUUUGUUAAUAAAUGAAGUUGAUGACCAUUUGCAAUUUUCAGAUGAUAAAUUUGCGCAACUGGAUCCUCACAGUUUAUGCAAACAAUGGUACUUCAAAUUUGAUAAAAUUUGCUGUUCACAUUUACUAGCGUUUUCCAUUCUACUCAAAUCUUCGAUAACCGUGCUAAGGUUUUUCACGGAUAGCUCCAAUAAAGUCUUUGUGAUAUCGAUAGACGAUAUUGAUGAAUGGCUGAAUUUACAUAUCAAUAUAGUUGAAUAG